AUGUUUUUAGCUUCACACUCGUGGAGGGUUUAUUUAAGGAAUCAGGUGUCUCUCGUACAAACAGGUUUUAGAUGGUAUAGUGAUAAAUGUGGCAAGCCCAAAAAGCCUGUCGCUACUCCAAAGAAAAAAAAAGUUUACGUAAAUCCACACGGGGACCGAUCGUAUAAAGUUGGAGAAGUCAGACGAUAUUCGCCAUUUCAUUAUCCCGAACAGUCAAAAGUAGAAUGGGUAGUGGCUCGUAUGGACGACAUUUUAAACUGGGGCAGAAAAGGCUCACUAUGGCCUUUGACAUUUGGCUUAGCAUGCUGCGCGUUGGAAAUGAUGCACUAUGCGGGCCCUAGAUACGACAUGGAUCGCUAUGGCAUGGUUUUCCGCGGCACACCGCGUCAGACAGACGUAAUUAUCGUAGCUGGUACUGUUACCAACAAAAUGGCACCUAUCCUUCGAAAGACCUACGACAUGAUGCCGGAGCCACGUUUUGUCGUAUCCAUGGGAAGCUGUGCAAUCGGUGGUGGAUAUUAUCACUAUACGUACUCUACGGUGCGCGGUUGUAAUCGGAUAAUACCAGUUGACAUAUACGUUCCUGGGUGUCCUCCGACAGCAGAAGCUUUGCUGUACGGCAUGUUGUUACUAACAAAAAAAGUCAAACGCAUGCGUAUCUGCCAAACUUGGUACAGACAUUAA